AUGGAGGAAGUCAGCAAAGCCUUCGUGAUCCCCGCGGCCCAGACUUCCCACCCCUUCCGCCCCCUAGAGGACGCGGUGACGGAGUUGGCGCUGAAGCUCCGGUUCCAGCCGACGCUCCCGCCGGGCGCCGAAGAAGUUGAGCUGAAGGACGGAGCAGUCUGGCCCCGCGCGUUCUGCGCCUUUGACGGCUGCGGAUGGGAGGCGGCCAACGGCCUGGAAGCGGACCUCGCCAAGCACCUUGAGGCGGAGCACGCGGAAGACCUGGAGUCCGCCGCCGCUUGCUUUCCUGGGCCUCGCCCCCCGGACGCGCUGCUGAGCGUUUACAACGAGGCCGUCGCCCGGCGCUGCCGGGCCGGGGCGCCGCUGGCGGGGUGCUCCUUGGAUCGCACCGCGCUGCGCUCCUUCGCCGAGGCGACUGCGGAGGACAGCGUGGAAGCUCUGGUUUGCUUCUGCUGCGCCUGCGUCUACACCCGCGUGGCGGAGCUUGAGGGGCAGAGCGAGAUCCAAUGGCGGCGGCCACUGAGUCGCAAGCCGACGGGGGAGCACCUCUUCUUCGGGAAGCCGGCGGCCGCAGCGGCGCGAGCUCUCAGCCUGGAGCGCUUUCUGGAGAAAUACGACCAGCUCGACGUCGCGGGCAAGAAGUUGUCUGACUCUGAGAAUUUCGGCUCCUGGAAGUUGCGGCUGCCUGGCCCUGGCGGCGCAGAGCUGCUGUGCUGCCCGGAGGACCACCGCUGCCGUGCGGUCCCAGGACACGUUGAGGAAGGCGUCCUCUGCGAGCACUGCGAGCUGCCAGUUUGCGGCGGCUGCCUCGACCACCUCGCCCGCGCGCAGUUGCCCCCGCUGAGCCUGGCAAACGACAUGUGGACUGGCUACGGCUACGCCCCGGAGCGGAUCUACGCGGAGGAGGCGACUGCGAUGGAGCUGAUCUGCGCCUCGCCCUGCGUCGCGACGCUGAUUUGCAUGUCUAUGGAGGCGCGGUUCCGCAGCGAGGCUUGCGCCCUAGACGAGACGGCGCAUAUGGCCCGGCAUCGCUUCGGGGCUCGGGGCAACGCUUUAUCUUUCCCGCUGCCCUGGGAAGACGUCUUGAAAGCUUUGCAGGGGGAAGGCGACCAGGCGGCGGCGCUGCCGCGCAGCGGCGCAGAACUCGGCCAGCUGGUCCGCGUUCUGCUCAAGACCAACAAGAAGGGCAAGACGAGCGACGCGGAGAUCAAGGGCCUCAUCCACCAGGCGAACGUGAGGCGGGAGGUGAACCUCAUCUUGGACAUGAAGCGCCUGGGCCACCCGUCCUUUGCGGGCGUGGAUGAGGAGGGAGUUCGCCUUAGAGCCGCCGCCCUCCCUGCCGACGGGGUUCCGCCCGAGGUGUUGAAAGUGGACGCGGACGUCGACGACGCCGAGGACAAGCUGCAGCCGCAAAAGGCGGCGACGCCUUGCGACGGGCGGCAGGAAGACGUCGCCGCCGCCGGCGCGACCUUUGCCGCGCAGCGGGCGCGGGCCGUGGUCGCGGAAGGCUGCGCGGGCGAAGACGCCAACGAAGCUGCGGUGGCCGCGCUGCGGAAACUGCGGCGGGGCCUAGAGGCGGAGGUCGAGAAGCGAGAACUGGACAAGUUAGAGGUCAGGGCCGGCAACCAGCUUCUGGACCAGUUCCAGCCCCUCUACUUCGCCGUCGCCUUUUGCUUCUGCUUUCCCCGCGGGACUGCCUGCCCGGACGUCCGAAACACCGUGGCCCAAGAAGACGACGACAGCCGCCGGAGCAGGAGCCAGAGCGGCGCGCCCGAGGUGAACAUUCACGCCUGGGCCGCCGCCAUGCAGCGGCGCGUGGAGGAUCCGGCGCUACUGCGGGAUGGCGCGAAGAAGUUCCAGGCCCGCGGCGCGCCGGCGCUGGACGAAGAGUUCUGCCGGCUGAGCCCCGAGGCCUUGGCGGAGAACCUGCCGAACUACGAGGACAGGCGCGCGCUGCUGGCCAGGGACCCGCUGGCUUGCGCGGAGGGCUUCAGGACGCUCGUGCUCCUGACGCUGCGCCACCUCUUGGGGGUCAGGUUCUGCCCGCGCUGCCCGAACUGCGCGACUUCGGGGCGGCCUUGCAGCGACGCCUUCGGGAGCAACGCCGUGGCCGCCGGCGGCGUGCUGGGCAGAGUUGACGCGGUGUUUGGCUCCAUCGAGUGUCAAAAGAGCGGAGCCCUCCACGCCCACAUGCAAGUGUUCGUCCAGUGCCGCCAUCAGCACGGGUCGCUGGCCGGCCUCCUUGACUUGGGGAAGCCCAAGAUCCAAGCUCUGAUGCAGACCUACGCCUCCUACACGGCCCACGUCCGGCGCUCCGUCUACUGCGACGUGGAGGGCUGGGGGCGCGAUCGGGCCGCCGUCGAGGAAGAGUGGCCGGAGUACAAGGACUGCGCCUUGAUGUUGAGCCGGCCGGCCUACCAGGCAAGCCGCCGGCUGCGGCCCGAGGAGUGGAUGCGGCGAUACUUGGCGGAGGACGUGGAGCAGCUGCAGCGGCGCAAGCAACAUCAUGUGCAUCUCCCUGCCGGCCCAGGCGGCGAGCGGCGGCCUCUGGCUCACUGCCGCGACCCCAAGGACCCGACGAGGUGUAAGAGCGGGUUCCCCCGCGACAAUCAAUUGAUUUUGGGCCGAACGGCUCUGGUCUGCCGCGGCUUGGCCGAGCAGCUGGACCUGCCCGUCAAGGGCAAGCGGAGUUCUUUGGGCCUGCAGUGGGGGCCGGUCAACCGGCGCUGCUGGCGGCGCUGCGCUGAGACCCACGACGACGCGCUCUGCCAGGAGGAGGCCUGCGUCGGCGACGGCGACGUCAAGCUGCUCGUCCGAGAAGCGCAGAGGACCCAGGCCGCCCAAGCUGGCUACGGCUGCGACUACAUGAAAGUUACAUUGGCGGCAACUGAAUCCAAAUUUGUGGCAACUGAGCCCAGCUUCAGGUUGAGCCAGCUCAGAUUUCAGAAGACCAACUACAAGAUACUCAAGAUGUCAUAG